AUGCAAGAGGUCGUCCUCGGCAUUGCUUGCCUCGCUAUGAUCAAGACCAUCUCGCCCGUGGAAGGUCAGAAAUCCCUUUCUUACAUCCAGCUUCCUCACCGGAGCGAGACGUUGCUUUCACCCAUCAUGGCACAGGGUUCCGAUGCUCAAAGGAGAGCUAUCAAGCCGACCGGCAGCAGCCAAAAGUUCUGCUGUGCGACUUUCAUGCUCGAAUUCGACCAGACAGCAGACAAAUGGGAAGAGGAUCUCAACAGGCUUCAUACCGCGCUGAACGCCGCUGUGGAAGCUGAGGACUACACCAGCGCGUCGCUCCUACGAGAUCAGAUCUCGGCCAUCUCCGGCUUCCAGGCGGACGACAGGAAGAAGCACUCGCUAGACUGGAAGGCUCUCGGGGUCCCCGACUGGCUGGUUGACCGGUUGGAGAGGAUGGGGUUCAGACUCCCUACGCAGGUUCAGCGCAACGCGAUGAAGGCAAUCUCGCAGAAGGCCGUCUUCUCAUCUCGGGACACGGUCAUUCGCUCCCCUACAGGGUGA